CCAUAUAAAUCAACUCUGUCUUUGACAUUCCCAUUCUCUGUUUUCUGUCUCUCCUCGUUUUUUCUCCACACUCGAGAAAAACCAAAAGAGAGACAAAACAAUAUUCUUCAUUAACAUUAAAUUAAAUCCAAUUAAUUUUAUAAAUCAAAUUUUAUAAACCAAAGUUUUUAUUUUUAUUUUUGGGAUUUGAAGAAAAAUGGCUCAGGGAAAGCUUGAAGUCCUCCUCGUCUCUGCCAAAGGCCUUGACAACUCUGAUUUCCUCUCUAGCAUGGAUCCAUAUGUCAUUCUUACUUGCCGCACUCAAGAACAGAAGAGUAGCAUUGCAAAAGCAGAUGAAGGGUCAGCCCCGGAAUGGAACGAGACAUUUUUGUUUACUGUCACAGGACAUGUUCCUGAACUCCAUCUCAAACUUAUGGACAAGGAUACCUUUACUGCUGAUGAUUUUGUUGGCGAGGCUAACAUUCCUCUGAGUGUAGUCUUUGAGGAAGGAAGUCUUCCACCUACAUCUUACAAUGUAGUCAAAGAUGGAGAAUUCAAGGGGGAAAUCAAAGUCGGACUUACUUUCACUCCCGAGGCAUACCAUAGCCGUGGUCUUCCAGAGGAGGAAUUCGGAUGGAAAGAAUCAUCAUACAACUAAAUGAGAGAGUUCUAGCUACUGCAGGUGGUGGUGCAAUUUACUUGUUUCUUUGGCAUUUCAGCAAUCAGAAGACCUCAGACUUACUUUUCUUUACUGCUAGGACAGUUCUUUUUGUCAUAAUUUUAGAUUUCUCUGUUUGUUUCAAUUUUGAAGUACUUCACCAAUCACCUGAGUAACUGAGUUUGUUUAUAAAUUAUGACUGGGAAAAAGUUUUAAUGGAACACAUUUCUUCAAUAUUCAAGAUUGUUGGUUAAUAUAAUCUACCUUUUACUUGGUUUCAA